GCAAUCAGAAAAACAACUGGCUUCUAUUACAGCUGACUGUACAAAACCAAUCCUUAAUUUAUUAUCCAGUGUUUCAAAAAAUUUAUUAAGUGAAGAAAAUGAUUCUAUAAACACAAAUACAUUUAAUAUUCAGGUAUUACCACAAAAAGAACAGAAAAAUUUGCCAGAAUUCGAAAAUCAAUUGCUAACGACGGAUAGUACAUCUGUGAUCAAAAAAACUGAAGUUCAGCUAAUGCAUCCACAGCACGAAAAUAAACAUUUGGAGAAAACCAAUAGUGAAAUACAAAUUAUAAAUAAAACUCUACCUACAUUAAUAACAGCACAUAAUUUGGAAGAUGUAUAUGAAAAAUCUAAUGGAGAAACAAGUAUGAAACCUCUUGAAACAGACAUUCAGAAGACUGAUGAUCAGCAAAAAUGUGUAGAGGGUAAAACCAUGCAGAAACAAAAAAAUAAGAAUAAGGUUAAAAGUCGUGAAUUGAAUCGUAGAGGUGCAGAGAAAGAGGGAACUGAUAUGGAUGCUUUUGUUCAUCCAAUUCAAGUAAGUGCAUCAUCCGUUAAAAUUGAGAUGAAGCAUGAUUCAUUAUUGCAGAAAGAUAUUAACAAAGAUGAAAAUAGUGAGUCGACAAAAAAUAUCGAAGAUAGUGAUAAUUAUGAGCUUCUGAAAGAAAAAAAUUUGUCUGAAAUUGAUCCUCAAUCUGUACAGAAAAACAUUACUAGUUUGGAUGAAGAUGAAAAAAGUGCUUCUGCAAUACAAAAGGAAAUUUCUCUUAAAAAUAAAAAUAACAAAGAAUCUAUUUUAGAAGAUGUAUUGGUAAAUGCACACAUAGCUAAAGAUUGUGAUCAUAUCUCAAUUUUUAGGACAAAUGUAGAUAAAGAAAUAGUACCGUCUAUUGUAGCUCAAAAAAAUGAGGAAAAUUCUAAAAUAUCAGGUCUUGGUAGUGUACUUAAGGAUUCUGAUAUUUGUUCUAAUACCUUAAAAUCAGUUUCAACAUCAGUCAUCACAAAAACAAUACCGUUGCUUAAAUACACAUAUUCUGAUGAUCAAUGGAGUCCUAUAAAUACAAAUGGGAAAAAAAUUUAUGGGCGGGAAUUUUUAAUGAAGUUACAAAAUGAUCCUAAUAGUAAAGCUAAGCCUUCAAAUUUACCAGAUUUAGAUGUUGUACUCGAUAGUACAAAAAUACGAAGUCCUGUAGAUCUUUGGUUCAAGGAUUCUAAUCUUGGUCGUCAUGAUUCUCUUUUUCCUGGAUUUGUCAAGUCUUCCGUCAAUACCAAGGUGUCAACAUCCAUUAAACAAAAACAUAUAAGUAAACCUAAGACAAAUAAACCAAAUAUGAUUCAUCUUUCCUUUUCACGUGAAGAUGUAAAGCUGCGAGAGACUGAAAAUGCUUGGAAACCAAGAAGAUUAGUACAGGGUUCAGUUUCUGAAGAACAAACUAAAACAGAGGCUCUUUAUAAAAGAGUUCGUAGUGUUCUUAAUAAAUUGACUCCACAAAAAUUUUCAACUUUAGUUAAUCAAGUUCGAGAAUUGGAAAUAGACACUCAAGAGAAACUUCAAGGUGUAAUUGACUUGGUUUUUGAGAAGGCUGUAGAUGAACCAAAUUUUUCCGUAGCAUAUGCUUUAAUGUGUAAAGAACUAUCCAACAUGCAAGUUGCAGGUGCAGAUUCUGAAGAUUGUACUGUUGCAAACUUUAGAAAACUUAUUCUAACUCGCUGUCAAUCUGAAUUUGAGAAAAAUACCUUAGAUGAAAAUGCACGUAAUGAAAAACUCAAAGAAGUAGAUGAAUGUGCAGAUCUGGAAAGGAAAAAAGAGCUACAGAUGAAUUUUGAUGAAGAGGAACGACGAAUACGUGUCAAGUCCCUUGGUAAUAUUCGUUUCAUUGGCGAACUUUUUAAACAAAACAUGCUUACUAGUAAAAUCAUGUAUCAAUGUAUUCGACACUUAUUAAAACAAGUAGAUGAAGAGAACCUUGAGUGCUUGUGUAAAUUAUUAACAACAAUAGGUAAAGUGUUAGAAUCCAAGACUGCUGAUCUUUCAGAGUACUUCAAACAAAUGCAACAAAUUGCAAAUAGAAAAGGGAAAAUAAGUUCAAGGAUUCGAUUUAUGCUGCAAGAUGUUAUAGACUUAAGAGGAAAUAAAUGGAUUCCAAGAAGAGAUGAUAGUAAUCCAAAGACAAUGGACCAAAUUCAAAGGGAAGCAGAAUCUGAAAGAUUGGAUAUUCAACUUAGUAAUGCAUCUUUAAAUACACCAAGAAAAGAUGAACGAGUUAAUGAAAGAAAACGUAAUCGUGGAGCAGUGGGUUCAAUGGAAGAGGGUGGUUGGAGUCAGCCUGUUGGCAGAACAAGACAAGUUUAUUCUGUGGAAGCAGCUAAACUCAAAAACAAACCUCCAUCCAUGGAUGAUAUGCAACUUGGUAGUAGAUCUACUUAUCAGUGGUUGAAACCUAAAAUGACGACGCCUAAUAAAUUUGCUUAUUUGGAAAAAGUUACUGCCGAACCAGACAAAAGAGUGCCUAGUAUUCAUUUAUCUGGGUCGAAAUCAACUGGUUCUAGAGAUUAUGUUCGUCCAGAAUACAAAUCUAAUUAUGAUGGCAGAAGUUCUCGUAAUGGUACUUAUCAGAUCAAUACUAGUUCAUAUAAUCGGGAUAACACAAUGGUUGAAAGUACACGAAGCCAAAGUUUAUCACUGAUCUCAUCAUCAAAAUUUCCAUCACAAACAAGUUCUGCUACCAAUAUACCAGAAUUAUCUGAAGAACAGUUAAAAAAGGCAAUAAACAGUUUCAUAGAAGAAUAUGUUGCUGAAGAAGAACAAAAUGUGGAUGAAGGUGUUAAAGUAUUUUCCACAAUUUUUUCUAUUACAUCGCAUAUUUCAUUUAUUCAUGAAACUAUAAAUACAGUUUUUGAAAAAUCGGAUUAUCAUCAAAAAAAGACUUCGCAGCUAUUUGCACAACUUUUAUAUCACAAUUGCAUUAGUUUAUUGGAUUUUAGAACGGGUUUGGGAGCAGUCCUUGAAGUAGCAGGAGAUUUAAUAAUUGAUAUUCCGAGAUUAUGGAAAUAUUUUGCAAACAUUUUAGUAUAUCCUGUUAUAAAUGAUUCGUAUUGUCUUACUGAUUUAUACACAACGAUACAUCAUUUAUUGCCAAAAUUACGAUGUAAAGAUCAUGCUGCAGAAUUGUUUGCUGAAUUGUUAUUGGAAUUAGUAACAUUAAAAGAAAUUGAAUGGGUCAACCAAAAAUGGUCACAAAGUGGCAUCCAUUGGCAUGAUCUGUUAGAUAACCGAACUAAAGUUGAUAAAUUCAUUAUUGAUCAUAAAUUGGACUUUUUAUUGCCAAACAAGACUAUCGAUGUAAGAAGUUUUGAAGUUCAACAUGAAAGUAUUUCGGGAUUAAACAUUGAAAAAAUUCAUGACAAAUUAUUGCCACUCCUAAAAAAUAGUAAUUUUGAUGAAAUCUGCGGUUGGAUUCAGACAAAUGUUGGUGAUAAAAUUAAGGAACCUAAAUUUAUAAGAAUCUUAAUGACUGCCAUUUUGGAAACUUCAGUUGAACAGUGUAACGAUAAAUGGACUUUUAAGAGAGAAAAUUUUGACAAAUUGCAAAAACUGAUUCAGCGUUAUGUGGAUGCAGAAGAUGAUUUAGAACUCCAAUGCCUUUUUGCUGUUCAAGAAUACAUAACUAAAUUAAGUCAUCCAGCAGGACUCAUUGUCAAAAUUAUGACAUGUCUUUAUGAGAAUAACGUACUUUCUAAUGAAGCUUUUCUAACUUGGGAAAAAAAUGAAGAUCCAGCUGAACGAAAAGGUAAAUCAGUAUCAUUAGUAUCGCUAAAGUCAUUUUUUAUUCCACUAAAAGAAGUAGAAGAUAUAUCCAGUGGAGAAGAAGUUUGAAAGCUAACUAAAUUUUGCUGAUAGCAAGGUAUUAGUUAUCAAUUGCUUUUGGUUAUAUCGAACCCAGUCUUUUGCUGUACUAAACGUCUUUUAAUGACGAAGUUAUUCCAAGACUUAAAACAUAAUAUCUUAUCUUAAAUUGAAUGAACGAGACCAAAUCACAGUUGGUUUUUCAAUAUAAUACCAUUAAGGUUGACAAAUAAUAAAGCAAGUGUCGUGUGGGAGUACCUGUAUUAUAGCCCAAAAGUAAGCAAAUGGAGUAAAUAGCUUACGUAUACAAGAGCUGGACAAUUGGCACCGCACGAAUAAAAAAGUCGUAUUUGAGAUACGUUAUACAUACUGGAAAUAAAGAUUUACUAAUAAUUAUGGUAUAAAAAUAAAUGCAAGAUAAAUAUAUAUAAUUCAUUGA